AUGCGUCCGUUCGUUUCGCUCGUUUCUUUCCUUUCUUGCCUGGCCCAAGUUUCUGCUUGGGCCCCGCGCGCCAGCGGACAUGGUGCUCCAGGGCACUAUGGAGGUAUGCAAACGCAUGACGCCAGCUUCACACCCGACCAUAUCUUGAGGGUCACUCAACAGAACGUCUCAAUUGGUUGCCAAACACGGGAGUCGGUCGUCGUUAAUGGCACUCUUUACGGCCCAACACUUAGGCUCCCGCCAGGACAAAGGAGUUGGAUUAGGGUAUACAACGACAUGGAACACCACAACACUACCAUGCAUUGGCACGGACUCAGCAUGCGCAUGGCACCCUUUUCAGAUGGCACUCCAUCUGCGAGUCAAUGGCCCAUCCCGCCGGGUCGCUUCUUCGACUACGAGGUCUACCCUCUGAAGUCAGAGUCUGGUACCUACUUCUAUCACUCGCAUGUGGGCUUCCAGGCUAUGACCGCCGCUGGGCCUUUGAUCAUCGAGGAUAGUGCGGAACCUCCUUACGCAUAUGACGAUGAGCGAAUCAUCAUGCUGUCCGACUAUUACAACAAAACCGACACUCAGAUCGAAAAGGGAUUGACUGCGUCGCCUUUCGUAUGGUCCGGUGAGACCAACGCGGUCCUCAUCAACGGCGUUGGGGUUUCCGUUGACGAAACAGCUGGCCAGAAUGGCUGCAAGCUGCCUAUCAUCAAUGUUGAGCCUGGAAAGACUUACCGUCUGCGAUUCAUCGGUGCCACGGCCAUCUCUAUGGUGCAACUGGGCAUUGUGGGCCAUGACAACUUCACCAUCAUUUCUGCUGACGGCGCGUACACCAAGCCACACUCCGAGAACAUCAUGCAACUGUCUUCGGGUCAGCGCUUUGAUGUCAUCUUCAAGGCGAAGACUGAGGAGGAGCUCAACGGAACUGGCGACUUCCUCAUCCAAAUGGAGACAAAGGACAGACCUAAAGUUUACCAAGGCUACGGUGUCCUGCGAUACUACAAGGCUACGACUCAGAUUAACAAGGCGCCCGCGACUCCUCCUUUGACGUUCUCCACGAAGCCCUACGAAUGGGCUGAGUAUGCAUUGGAGCCUCUGGUGCCCAACAACUUUCCAAAGGCAAGUGAGGUGACGCGCACCAUCAACAUCGACAGCCGACAGUUGUCUACGCAAUCAAUUAUCUGGCAGAUCAACGGACUGGAGUGGAAUGAAACCUCGUCACCAUUCCCUGGUGACAAGCCGUAUCUGGUCAAUAUCUAUGAGCAAGGGGAAGCCGCGAUGCCAAACUACACAGCUGCGAUGAACAACAACGGUUGGGACCCAACAACAUUGACUUGGCCUGCGAAGCUUGGCGAGGUUCUUGAGAUUGUUUGGCACAACACUGGUUCCCUCGUCAACAAUGGUGGUGGCGUCGACUUCCACCCAUUCCACGCCCAUGGUGGACAUUUCUGGGACAUUGGAAGUGGCAACGGAACAUACAACCAAACAGAAAAUGAGGAGAAGCUGAAAAAUUACAACCCGGUCAAGCGAGACACGACGAACCUUUACCGAUACGGCGAAAAGACGACAUCUGGUGCUAACGCUGGCUGGAGAGCGUGGCGUCUGCGCGUAGAAGAUGCCGGUGUCUGGAUGAUCCACUGCCAUAUCCUGCAACACAUGGUGAUGGGCAUGCAAACUGUCUGGGUCAUGGGAGAUUACAAAGACAUUGCCGUCUUGCCUCUUUUGGAUACGGCUGGGUAUCUGCAGUUUGGCGGCAACUCGACGGGCAACUCAACAGACGCGCCGACAGCGAUUUUUUAUGGUGUCGGUCGCGCCGUUUACAACAUCUACUUCCAUCCGCUUCGGCAUUAUCCCGGUCCUCGAUUGUGGGCAAUAAGCCGCCUCCCCUGGAACCUCGUCAAUCUCAAAGGAAGCUUAGCCUUCAGAAUUCGAGAACUGCACGAACAGUACGGCCCAGUGGUCAGAAUCGCGCCAGAUGAGCUAUCAUACACCAGCUCCACCGCCUGGAAGAAGAUCUACGGUCAACGAUCCCCUGAGUUCUCAAAGUGCUUUGACGGCCGUGGAAUCGCUGGACCGAGUGUGACCAACCCAGCUGUUCGCAAUGGCGGCAUUGUCACCGCUGAUCAAGAGCCACAUGCCAGACUCCGGAAAGCUGUCUUGCCAGCGUUUAGCGAGCGUGCAUUGAGAGAACAAGAGGAAAUUCUGCAACUCUACGCCAACAAACUUGUAGAUCGGCUACGAUCCUCCAGUAAGACCGGCGCCCCACAGGAUUUGGUCAAGUGGUUCAGUCUGGCUGCCUUUGAUAUUAUCAGUGAUUUGGCCUUCGGCCAGGCCGCUGGCUGUCUUGACGAUGCAUCCCAGCCAUGGCUCCAGGUUAUCGGGACUAGAGCUCAGGGCAUUGUCCGGUAUCAAUUUGCGAUUCAUUACGGCUUGGAAGGCUGGCUUGAGUGGCUCGCCCCGAAGGCACAGAAACUGGCUCUCAAGAAGCAUGGCGAACUCACAGCUGGGAAGGUCAAGCGGAGGCUUCAGGCCACCGAGAACAAAAAGGAUUUCAUGAGCUACAUUCUGGAAAAUCCUCAAGCGGACCUCAGCAAUGCCGACCUCGUCAGAAUGGCAUCGGCCUUUAUUGUGGCUGGCAGCGGUACUGCAGCCACCGCCCUGUCUGGCAUCACGUACUUCUUGUGUCGGAGUCCUGAAAAAUACUCAAGAUUGACACAGGAGAUCCGCAACGCCUUUACGAGAGACGAGGACAUCACGAUGACUUCGACCGGUGAGCUGCGAUACCUCAAGGCAGUCAUUGAGGAAGGGUUGAGAAUCUAUCCUCCAAGCCCCAGCGCUCUACCCCGUUUCGUGCCUGGUGCCGGCGAAGAUAUUGACGGCAAAUGGGUUCCUGGAGGGACCGCAGUUGGAGUCCAUCAACUUUCAGCUGCUCACUCGGGAUUCAACUGGUCACAUCCCAAAGAUUUCAUUCCUGAGCGAUGGAUGGAUGAAGAUUUUAGCAGGGACGACAAGUCUGCUAGUCAGCCAUUCUCAUUUGGUCCGAGAAACUGCAUCGGCAAGAGCAUGGCAUAUGCAGAAUUGCGCAUCGUUUUGGCCAAGAUUCUAUGGAAUUUUGACCUUGAGCUUGUCGACAUGGCUGAAGAUUGGGUGAGCAAGCAAAAGGUCUACCUCAUCUGGCAGAAGGUGCCGUUGAUGCUGCAUCCUGAGCGUGACAUACCUAAAUUUCUUGAUGCGUGUAUGUCCUUAAUCUGGAAUACGCAGCUCGAUGAAGCUUUGCUAUCCGGGCGGACGGAUGCGAAUAAAGGCAGGAGGAGACAGCGGGGAACUACAACGGCGCCACAUAACAGCGACGGGGCGGCGACGACAAUGAAGAUGAGAGCGAUGAUGAGAAAUAUGACGAAAAUGACGAGAAGAGUAGAUGACAGGGUCGAUAGAAGUAAGAACUAG